AUGUCUCAAACGUCUAGUGAGCUGCAGUACAGCUGGCUCUACUGCUUCAUGCCAGCUGCCCGUCUGGCACUGCCCCACCUCACAAAGCUGUGGGCCUUUUUCCUGUCAGAUACUGCUACCACCAUGUGCCUCAUCGCCAUGUGCCUCAUCGCCAUGUGCCUCAUCACCAUGUGCCUCAUCACCAUGUGCCUCAUCGCCAUGUGCCUCAUCGCCGUGUGCCUCAUCACCAUGUGCCUCAUCACCAUGUGCCUCAUCACCAUGUGCCUCAUCGCCAUGUGCCUCAUCGCCAUGUGCCUCAUCGCCAUGUGCCUCAUCGCCAUGUGCCUCAUCGCCAUGUGCCUCAUCGCCAUGUGCCUCAUCGCCAUGUGCCUCAUCGCUAUGUGCCUCAUCGCCAUGUGCCUCAUCGCCAUGUGCCUCAUCGCCAUGUGCCUCAUCGCCAUGUGCCUCAUCGCCAUGUGCCUCAUCGCCAUGUGCCUCAUCGCCGUGUGCCUCAUCACCAUGUGCCUCAUCACCAUGUGCCUCAUCACCAUGUGCCUCAUCGCCAUGUGCCUCAUCGCCAUGUGCCUCAUCGCCAUGUGCCUCAUCGCCAUGUGCCUCAUCGCCAUGUGCCUCAUCGCCAUGUGCCUCGUCGCCAUGUGCCUCAUCACCAUGUGCUUGGUGAAGGGGAACUGGAAGGCUGGUGCUGCGCGCGCCACUGCCACUGCCGAUCCAUCAACAUCCACCUAUGUCGUGCCGGAUCUUGAUCGCGCUGACGCGCUGAUGCUGUACGAGGACAUGGUGCUGGGACGUACCUUCGAGGACAUGUGCGCUCAGAUGUAUUACCGCGGGAAGAUGUUUGGCUUCGUUCACCUGUACAACGGUCAAGAGGCCGUCUCUUCCGGUAUCAUCAAAUACUUGCGACAGGACGACUACGUUACCAGCACAUACCGUGACCACGUGCACGCGCUGAGCAAGGGCGUGUCGGCGCGCGAGGUGAUGGCAGAGCUGUACGGCAAGACGACGGGGUGCUGUCGCGGGCAGGGCGGGUCCAUGCACAUGUUCUCCAAGGAGCAGGGCGUGCUCGGUGGCUUCGCCUUCAUCGGCGAGGGCAUCCCCGUCGCUGUCGGUGCAGCGUUCACUGUGAAGUACAACAAGGAGGUGCUCAAGCACGACGCGGACCAGGUUUCAGUGGCCUUCUUCGGCGACGGCACGUGCAACAACGGCUCCUUCUACGAGUGCCUCAACAUGGCGGCGCUCUGGAAGCUUCCGGUGAUCUUCGUGGUGGAGAACAACCUGUGGGCCAUCGGCAUGAGCCACCUGCGCUCCACGUCGGACCCCGCCAUCUGGAAGAAGGGCCCCGCGUUCGGCAUGCCCGGAGUCCACGUGGACGGCAUGGAUGUGCUCAAGGUGCGCGAGGUGGCACUGGAGGCCAUUGAUCGCGCCAGGCGGGGCGACGGCCCGACGCUGAUAGAGUGCGAGACGUACCGCUUCCGCGGUCACUCCCUGGCCGACCCCGAUGAGCUUCGCUCCCCUGAGGAGAAGGCCAAGUAUGCCGCUCGCGACCCCAUCAUCGCGCUGAAGAAGCACAUCCUGGAGACGGGGCUCGCCACCGAGGCCGACCUCAAGGCAAUUGAGAAGAAGAUUGACGAUGUCGUGGAGGAUGCUGUUGAGUUUGCUGAUGAGAGCCCACUGCCGGAGCGCCACCAGUUGCUGGAGAAUGUAUUUGCUGACCCCAGGGGCUUCGGAAUCGGAAUUGACGGCACCUACAAGUGCGAGAACCCAGACUUCACUGCAGGCACCGCGCAGGUGUAA